GCUGGAGAAAGCCCCUAUCUGUAAAUCCAAGCCAUCUUUCUUCCUUAUCAUCCGGGAACUCCACGAAGACGAGACUCAUAGCAGCAGGAGUUGAUCUUUACACAGCGGUAGUUGCUCGCCUUAGACCGGAAGACGUCACUCCAGCGGGAACUGCAAAAGAAUAG